AUGACCGAAACAAAUUUGACUUUAGAAGAGUGUAAGUUUUGCUGCGUGUUCUGCUGGACUCUAGACUAUGGAAUGUUAUCCAGCCUUGGAGGGUAAAUGCCACAAGUGCAGAAACCCUUCCGUAUAUGGCUAUUACUCCAUGCCACCAUCCCCACCAUCUAGGCUCUAUGAGUAAAUCAUUUUAUACUAAUAAGCUGUAGGGCUGGACGACCUCUGCGUCCGUUUCAUAAUCAAUCUGCCGGAGGAUGACCUCAAGGACGUUCCGCGAAUAUGUUUUCAGGUCGAGGAGGCUCAAUGGUUCUACGAGGAUUUCAUUCGACCUCUUGACCCCUCCCUCCCCUCCAUGUCCCUCCGGAGCUUUUGCCUACGAAUUUUCGCUCAUUGUCCCUUACUAUCUCCUUUCUCUCAAGGCCACCACAUGGCAGCAUUUGAAGACUUCCUAGCAUAUAAGACACGGGUCCCGGUGAGAGGAGCAAUAAUGCUCAAUGAGGCCAUGGACUCUGUGGUUCUUGUAAAAGGUUGGAAAAAAGGUGCAAGCUGGAGUUUUCCCCGUGGAAAGAUUGCCAAGGACGAAGAUGAUUUGACAUGUGCUAUACGUGAAGUCUAUGAAGAGACCGGUCUGGAGCUAGGUGCUGCAGGGUUGGUUCCAGAAGGGCGGGAUGUCAAAUCGAUUGAGGUAAACAUGCGAGAGCAACAAAUGCGACUUUUCGUCUUUCGAGGCGUUCCUAUGGAUACCAAAUUUGCUCCAAGAACACGUAAGGAAAUCAGCAAGAUAGAAUGGUGGCGUCUUUCUGAACUACCGGCUUUUCGAAAGAAGGGGCAGCAGCAACACGCGGAUACUGGGAUGAGUGCAAGCAAGUUUUAUAUGGUAGCCCCGUUCUUGGUACCUCUGAGGAAAUGGGUCAUUGAGCAGAAGAAGAAAGACGCCAAAAGGGCAACGAGCAACCAAUAUCUCUCUGCUGGAAUGAGUCAUGAUGAUCUCUUGACAGAAGAGGAUCAAGGAGCUGAAUCUGCGGCGCAAGCGUCUGCAUAUGAGUCUCGAGCAGCACCAGAGUUAAACACCAUCGAGGGAACCGAGGCCGCUCUGAAUCGUCUACUCAAAAUUCAACCACCAACUCAAGGGUUGCAACCGGAUGCUGCUAUUGCACCGGUAACCGCAACCAACUCAGGCUCAGCAUUACUUGCCUUGUUACAUAGCAAGCCCGUUACAACAAGCCAACCAAUACCGGCUAAUGCACCUCCUCGCACUCCUUUGGAGCAUAUCGAUGUUAAUCCAUCGAUGCCCAAAACUCCUCAUCGCCAUCAGCCUCGGCCACCGGCGUUUUCCAGCAUGCCACCUCCGCCACAAUUUCCUAUUCAACGACGUGACGAUUCCUUUUCAUAUCAUGAACCGACUUCCCAAAAUGAGCAUCAUGUAAAUCAUUUGAGAAUUCAGCAAGCUCAUAGGGGUGGUCAUCAGAAUUCCCAAAGGAAUCAAAACAACAUGCAUCAUUACCAGCCGCAACACCUCAUACAUCCUCAACCUCUACCACCCAAUGUGCAAAGAGCUGUCUUUACUGGAGGCCCUGUCCAUUCACCUAUGGUGCCACAGCCAAUCCAGCAACAUCAUCAGCAUCAACCUCCGCAACACGCUAACAUGAAAAAUCCACAAUUUCCCAACGUACACGCGCCAAUGGUUCCACCUCAGAACCAUGACCAAGGUACUAAGCUUACGAGCCAUUCACUCGCUCUCUUGAACGCUUUCAAGAGUCGAGACACUUCCAACGAGACCUCCAAGGCCGAGUUGCCUCUUCGUAGAUUUACAGAAGCUCCGGCUGCACAACGAGCCCAACCACAAGAAUUGCCCGCUGUUGAAGCUCGUCGCACUACAUCUUUUGGUAUCCCUCCACCGAUCGUACUCAAGCAGAACGUUGGCAUACUGGACCCAGGUGCCCUUACUCCAAGGCAACCCAUCAGUGAGUCGCAAAAAUCUGCUCUGCUUGGUAUUUUCAAGAGUCCCUCAUCACAAGCCGCCUCUUUGGCCAUAACCCUCAAAGCCACUGCUCUGCCUACAAAUGGAACGCCCUCCGCAGUUGAGUUGUCAGCCGUUGAGCCACUCUCCACCAAUGCUACGACAACUUCGGCAUUGUUGAACGAUAAAAGAGCUCCUGAUCACAUUAUAAGUUCCGGGUCCGUUCCUCUUUUGAACCCAGAAUCCAAUCUUCCCUUCAGAGCUAUGUCCAUUCUUUCUCGGCCGGUUGGAGAGAAGCAUGAGAUUUCUCCCAAAAAUAAGCCGGAAGUCUCGCCUUUACCAAGAUCGUACACAGAGCAAAUCACUCCUCGCGAGCAUGAUAGGUAUCAACCUUCUCCUCAGCCUUUGGGAAAUUUCCAACCCCAGAUACUGAAACGUCCGUCGUCUAAUGCUUUGACGACACCUAGACAAGUUCAAUCUUCAGCGAGAAGCUCAACUUUUAUUCCAACCAUACAGAAACAUGAGCCGACGGAGGGCUCUUCGGAUCAUAAGCAAACGCUGCUUUCUUUGUUCGGGAAAGCCCAACUAUCCCCCAACCCUCUAGGCGGAGAGACUUCUAUAGGAAGUCGAAAAGAACCCAUCCUUAAUCCAGCACCAAGAUUACGAGUUGGUAGUCUUGCCAAUGAAGGAGCUAGACGUGGUAGUCAAACACCCAUCUCAUCUGCGGACAAAGGAUUUUUACUUAGUUAUCUUGAUGCUGUGACGAACGGAAGCCAGCUUUGA